CAUAUACCUGGGCGUCGUGACCAACUGGGAGUAGUGGGUAACUGGCCUGGUCACAGUCGGUGGCUGUCGGGGCGACGCUCUCAGCCUCCUGAUCCAGCAUCGAUCUGUGCUUGACCAUUGCAUCUCGCUCCCUCUGGUUGUAAAUAGUUUUUCUCACGGCCACGGCGAGGGACAGAGGCGAUGGCUGCAGAGUGAUGGUCAUAGAUGGACAGUGCAUCGAAGUAACGAGAGAAUUUGUGAUAAGGAAACAAAAGUUUUAAAAGUGAGCUAUUGUGGGUUGCGAGAGCCUAUCAUCCGGACACUACUGCUACUACUACCAUUAUAUGAUAGAAGUUAUCAGAUAUAUAUACAAAAUAUCUAAAGGAAAAUCUAUAAAGUAAACCGAGAAAAGAACGCAAGAAAAGUUAAAAAUAAUGAAAACAAAUCAAAAUUAGGAGGAAAACAGAAUUCAUGUAACUAAGAAGUAAUCACUAACACCAAUCUGUGCACGUAACAGUGAACGGUAUAAGGACCAACAUAACAACAAAAACAGUGUACGAAGACUAGGUCCAGAAGAAUAGAACAGUGAUCUCCCGGUCCGAGGGCGACCCGCACGCGAGCCAGGCUCUUCCAUCUUUUCCUUCUUGAGCGCCAGGAGGCCGACCAUCCCCAAGAUGCUGAGUGUGGUGGAGACGAAGGCCUUGGCCCUGGGACUGAUGGCCUGCUUAACCCUGCUCGCCUCCUUCCUGCCUCUCGGGGUCCGGAAGCUCCUCCUCCGUAAGAUCCACGAGGACACAAGUCGGAUCAUACUAACUUCGUGCUUGUGUUUUGGUGCCGGCGUCCUGCUGUCUGUGGUGUUCGUGCACCUCCUGCCGGAGACGAGAGAAACCUACCAGUAUGCCAUGGACGUUGGGUUCAUGAGGCAGAUAUCCUUCCCUGUGGCUGAAGUGGUUUUGUGCUCCGGGUUUUUCCUGGUGUAUCUGAUGGAGGAAAUUAUUCAUGCCUGGAUAGACCACAGAAACAAAGAUGAAAUGGAAAUCACUCAUGAAGGUCCCACAUCUUUCGAAGAGGCGAAGAAAAUAGCGCAACUUCGGAGGAUGUCCGUGGGAGGACUCACAGAGACCCGUCAGUCUUCAGGUAGCCACAUCGCCGUCAUGGGUGUCAUAAUGCUGACGAAUGUUGGUGGAAAGAAAAAUGAGGGAGUGGAAGACAACGGCUAUCCGCCUGGAGGCACCGAAUUUGAAGACUCGAAUCAUAACGUGCACAGCAUACCACACUGUCAUCACUCAUCCCCGGUAGACGAGAGUACCUCUGUGAUAGGUGCUGUGGUAGUAGUGGUGGCACUGUCCUUCCAUGGUAUCAUGGAGGGCCUAGCAAUUGGCCUUGAGAGUAAUGUUACAGACGUAUGGAUUCUCUUCGGAGCUCUUACUGCUCAUAAGCUCGUCAUAGGGUUCAGCAUGUCCAUGGAACUCUUAGAAGUAGGUGUGUCUUUCAAACCAUAUUUAGCUUCCAUGAUCGUCUUCUCUUUAGCUUCGCCAAUCGGUUGUAUCAUAGGGAGUUUAGUGAUAGCUUACUCAGCUGAAGAAACUGCGGUGGGAAUCUUGCUCCCCAACGUCCUGCAAUCGGUGGCAGGAGGGACGAUUCUUUAUAUCACGUUCUGCGAAGUUCUGGAGAGGGAGCGCAUCAAGCCCGAGGGAGGGUGGGCCCGCUUCGUGUCCCUGCUGCUAGGAUUCGGCCUUAUGGUAGCGCUGGUGACUUUGGAAGGAGGUGAAUCUAGUAACCCUAUUACCACAAGUGAAACAACCGUCGAGCUUUUAACUACUGCGACAACAGAGAUAACAAACACUGUCGACAAUAUCGUUGAUAAUAGUGGACCUUGAGUCGAGAGCUCCUGUAGGUGCUCAAACUUUUGUGGUCGUGUGACUACGUUAUCACAACAUGUAAACUGAGCUUGAUCAUUCGAUUUAUUAUAUAACAUGAAUGGAAUCUCUGUUGUACCGAAGGAAGUACAGCGAAUCCGUUUUCUGUAACUUAAUGUUGUGUUCGAUCCUUUCGACUUUCCAUGGAAGCUUGAAAAAACUGAAGUAUUAUACAGUAUGUAAUACUCACCAUAAUGCUGAAGACACGUCGAAUACGGAUUCGAGUUUCUUAU